AUGUCUCCACCACGACUAACGAGCCAGAUUAAUUUCAUUCGUGGUGUUCGACUGGCAGGGGAGCUGUCCACCUGGGAUAUCCAGAUUGAAUACCCUGCAGACUCUCCACAGGGCACAGUCACCUCUGUGACCCCGCAUGAGCCCUCUACUAAGGAGGAUUUCGAGUCUCCUCUGGCGCUACCAGCCUUGACACACCCUCAUAUUCAUCUCGAUAAAGCCUUUAUCCACAGCGCACUUGAAUAUGCCCCGCUUCUUCCUACGACUGGCACGUUCCAGGAGGCUUUGUCCUCCACGACCAAGGCCAAACAACAAUUCAGCCAUUCUGAUAUCAUUAGAAGAGGAGAGUGGCUUCUUGCUGAGUCCGUUGCAUCGGGUGUCACUGCAAUGAGAGCAUUUGUUGAGGUAGACCACACAGUGCAGCUGAUUUGUUUAGAAGCUGCUGUUGCUUUGAAAAAUCAAUGGAAAGAUUCUUGCGAUAUCCAAAUCGUCUGUUUUGCGCAAGAUCCUAUAUUCUCUAAUGAACAUGGAGAACAAAACAUGGACUUUCUGAAAACCGCUCUUCAUAAAUAUUCGCAAAUCGAUGUUAUUGGGACAACACCAUACGUCGAAUCCAGUCCCGAGGCUGCAAAGCAAAACAUCGAAUGGGCGAUUGACCGUGCCUUGGAGCUGAACAAACACGUCGACUUCCACCUUGAUUAUAACCUCGAUUCAAACAAAGAGGCCCUAGUUUGGCAUGUGUUACAUACCCUCAAACAACGAAGCUGGACUAGCCACUCAACAGACAAGCGUGUCAUGCUUGGUCAUUGUACACGACUGACACUGCUCACGGAGAGCGAAUGGGCCCGGCUAGCAACAGAAAUCCACGAGAAUAAACUCCCAGUCAGCUUUGUGGGUCUACCAACUAGCGAUAUGUACAUGGCGUCACCUCCCAGAACGAGCGGGGACCGCAAAUCUCCGCAAGAUCGCCCGAGAGGCACUCUACAAGUCCUAGAGAUGAUCCGGAAAUACAGCCUGGAUGCAGUGAUCGGGGUGAAUAAUGUUGGCAAUUCGUUUACCCCAUGGGGUUUGCCCGAUCCGUUAUCGUUGGCUUGUCUCGGCGUGGGAAUCUACCAGGCUGGAAGUCAGGCGGAUGCUGAGCUACUCUAUGAAUGUGUCUCGACGCGAGCCAGGGCGGCUAUCGGGCUCUCUCCAUCCCAUUCGGGUCUAUGUGUGAAGCAGGGGUAUCAACCGGACCUGUUGUUGGUUCAUCAUAGAGAUGAUACUGGGUGUGAGGUGUCGCGGCCGCGAACAAAUGUUGCGGAGGUUGUGUGGACUCCGCCGGGGAAAUUGAAUAGGGAUGUGGUUUCUGGUGGACGACUUAAGAUUUCUCCUUUUGCUGUGGCGGAUUCAGACGCUCUGUAUCAAUUUUGA